AUGGAGGAGAUAAGCGAAGAGGAAGUCAAGGGACGAUGGAAGAGCUUUAUCCGGAAAUGGAACCGUGGAGAGCUCGCCGAAGGAUGGUACGAUCCGAAUACUCUUGACAAAGCUCGCCGUAGUGCCGGAGACAGUCAAGUCCCGCCCGCAUCUGCUACAGAACGACGUCGGUCGUCGCCGGAUUACGGACAGGACCAACCGAGCGCAAAGGACACGGAAGCUGGACCGGAAGACGACGACGACGAGGACGAGUACGGGCCCGGUCUGCCCCAGGGUGAGCGGAUGGGCCAACUAUCCGGGCCUGCGAUUCCCUCACUGCAGGAUCUGGAGCUACGCAAAGGUACGCUAAACAUAUUGUGA